UCCAAAUGACCUUCUUUCCUCUCCACCGAAAGAUGUUCGAAAGUUUUACCAGACUUUCUUGCCAACCACCACUCCAAACGAACCAUCAUCGCCUCGCCUAGUCUACUCUUACCACACCGUGCUCACUGGUUUUGCAGCCAGAUUGUCGCCCGAAGAAGCCAAAGCCAUGGAAAAGAUAGAUGGGUUCGUCUCAGCUCGGCCCCAGAAGGUGUUCUCUCUGCACACAACUCACACCCCAAGCUUCUUGGGGCUGCACCAGAAUUUAGGCCUUUGGUUGGGCGCAAACUACGGCAAGGGCGUGAUUGUGGGAGUUUUGGACACUGGGGUGUAUCCCAACCACCCUUCUUUCAGCGAUAAAGGGGUGCCUCCUCCGCCAGCUAAAUGGAAGGGGAAGUGUGAUUUCAGUGGCACAGCCUGCAACAACAAGCUCAUAGGCGCCAGGAACUUCGUAAGCGGCGAGACCGGGCCGCCAUACGACGAGGAAGGGCACGGCACCCACACUGCCAGCACGGCUGCCGGAAACUUCGUGGAGGGCGCCAAUGUGUUUGGCCAAGCCAAUGGCACGGCGGCCGGGAUGGCGCCUCUGGCUCACUUGGCCAUCUACAAGGUUUGCUCUGAGGUCGACUGUGCGGAAGCUGAUAUCUUGGGUGCAAUGGACGCCGCCGUGGAGGAUGGCGUUGAUAUCCUGUCUCUGUCCCUUGGCGGUGGCUCUGCCGCUUUCUAUGCUGAUGGAAUUGCAGUGGGAGCCUUCGGCGCGAUCCAGAAGGGUGUGUUUGUGAGCUGCUCGGCUGGCAACGAUGGUCCCGAUUAUGAAACAUUAUCGAAUGAGGCUCCGUGGAUUCUGACUGUUGGAGCCAGCACCAUAGACAGAAGCAUAAGAGCUACCGCGGUACUCCAAAACAAGCAGCAAUUUGACGGCGAGUCCCUGUUCCAGCCGAGCGAUUUCCCAACAGCCUUGCUGCCUCUUGUCUACGCUGGAGAGAACGAUCCAGACGCUGCUCUGUGCGGCCUAGGAUCACUGAACAACACUGAUGUCAAAGGCAAGGUUGUGUUGUGUGAGAGAGGCGGCGGCAUAGCAAGAAUAGAGAAGGGGCAAACAGUGAAAGACGCCGGCGGCGCAGCCAUGAUUCUGAUGAAUCUGGAACCGGAUGGCUACAGCACAUUGGCUGAUCCUCAUGUUCUGCCUGCAACACAUGUGAGUUAUGCCGCUGGAGUGAAGAUCAAAGAGUACAUAAACUCCACAGCUUCUCCCAGGGCCACUAUCUUGUUCAAAGGAACGGUUAUAGGCGACUUGUCUGCCCCUGUAGUCACUUCCUUCUCAUCAAGAGGCCCAAGCUUGGCAAGCCCUGGCAUACUGAAACCUGACAUUAUUGGCCCUGGUGUCAGCAUUCUAGCGGCAUGGCCUGUCUCGGUCGAAAACAAGACCGACACAACCGCGACAUUCAACAUGAUUUCGGGCACCUCGAUGUCCUGUCCUCACAUCAGCGGCAUCGCAGCUCUGCUCAAGAGUUCACAUCCAGAUUGGUCCCCUGCAGCAAUCAAGUCUGCAAUCAUGACCACUGCUGAUCUAAUGAACCUGGGGAAAAAGCCGAUCCUCGACGAAAGGCUGUUGCCGGCUGACAUCUUCACAACCGGUGCAGGCCAUGUCAACCCGCCAAGAGCGGCUGAUCCGGGCCUCGUCUUCGAUCUCAAGCCUGAGGACUACAUACCUUACUUGUGUGGCUUGAACUACACAGACGAGGAGGUCAGCUUCAUCACAAGCAGAGCUGUGAACUGCUCUCAAGUGUCGAGCAUUCCAGAAGCAGAGCUCAACUAUCCUUCCUUCUCUAUCACAUUAGGCUCUGCGAACCCCAACCAGACAUACACAAGGACAGUGAAAAACGUUGGGCAGGCUAAGGCAUCUUAUGGGAGUAUUAUUGUGGUACCUCCAGGUGUUGAAAUGGCCUUGAGCCCCGCUACGCUUGAGUUUUCAGAGGUGAACCAAGAGAUCACAUUUCAAGUGACGUUUACUCGGGGCGACGCCGACAGUCCAAACAACUCUUUUGUCCAAGGAUCCUUAAUCUGGACAUCUUCUACCACUACCAGCAGGUAUUCUGUUAACAUGCCAAUUUCAGUUGCACUGGAGUAG